AUUGCCAGGCUAUAUAAAGAAGGGCAGCAAAGGGGAAUAAACGAAGAGGAGCGAGUUGCGCUGUCAUCUUAAACAUCGACUAAAUAAAUACAAAUAAUACAUGUAAAUAUUAUCUUUGGGGUGUAGGGCAUCAUUCAUGUAAUUAUUAGGAAUACUUUCCGGCCAUCUCUGAACAAGAAAAGCCUUGCUGUAACAUAAAUCGCAGGCAGGUUUCCACAAAGGUCCUGUCAAGCAGUAGGAAUUGCUGGUUGCAAGUAAUAAAAAUGGGAAAGGAUUAUUAUAAAAUUCUGGGGAUACAAAAAGGAGCAGCAGACGAGGACAUCAAAAAGGCUUACAGAAAGCAAGCCCUGAAAUGGCACCCUGAUAAAAAUAAAUCCGCCAACGCAGAGGAGAAAUUCAAGGAAAUUGCCGAAGCUUAUGAGGUGCUUAGUGACCCAAAGAAGAGGGAGAUUUAUGACCAAGUUGGAGAAGAAGGGCUUAAAGGAGGGUUUGGAGGUGGUGAUGGACAGAAAGGCAGUUUCCAGUACACAUUCCAUGGAGACCCCCAUGCUACGUUUGCUGCCUUUUUCGGGGGCUCCAACCCUUUUGAAAUGUUUUUUGGGAGACGGGCAGCCAACGGCCGGGAUGAAGAUGAUAUGGAAGUGGACGCGGACCCCUUCAGCUCGUUCAGCAGCUUCAACAUGAACGGGUUCCCGAGAGACAGGCAUGGGGGGCACGGGCAGAUUCGACGCAGGCAAGACCCUGCCAUCAACCACCAGCUGAAAGUGUCCCUAGAGGAAAUCUACAGCGGCUGCACAAAGAGGAUGAAAAUCUCCAGGAAGAGACUGAACCCCGACGGCGGGUCUUUUAGAACAGAGGACAAAAUCCUGACCAUUGAGAUCAAACGUGGGUGGAAGGAAGGCACCAAGAUCACCUUCCCCAGGGAAGGAGAUGAAUCGCCCAACACAAUCCCUGCAGAUAUCGUCUUCGUCAUCAAAGACAAACCUCACGCGCACUUCAAAAGGGAAGGGUCAAACAUUAUUUACCCUGUUUGGGUCAGUCUGCGGCAGGCGUUAUGUGGUUGUUCAAUCAGUGUGCCAACAAUAGAUGGGAAAUCAUUCAAUUUGAAGAUAAAUGAGGUACUCAAACCUGGAAUGAGAAAAACUCUUGCUGGUCAAGGACUGCCAUUUCCCAAAAGCCCAGAUCAGCGAGGUGAUCUUGUUGUAGAGUUUCAAGUCAACUUUCCAGACAGUCUCUCGUCAUCCACAAAGGAUGUUCUGAAGCGCAUUAUGCCUUGAAAACCUGCAGAAGACGGGUGUUGUAACAGCAGUGCCACUUAUCAUUUAUACUCUAUGGACUAAAACAAA